CACUUGGACUGUCGCCGCUGCCGCCUCCGCGCAGCGCCUCUUAUCAGCUGGCAGGGGGACAGGGUUGUUACGGGAACGGUCAGCUGCUCCCGCGGCACCCCACGGCUCCUCUGAGCUGUCAGGGAGCUGCCGGGGGCACAAGGACACAGAGCAGCGGCCGGGGAUGUCCUUUGUGCCAGUGGCUUUGCUUUGUUCUCUGGGGGUCUUGGGGGAAUUCGUGACUCACUGUGGAAUCCAGUCACGCUGGAGACAGUCGGGCUGGGCUGGACUCAGUUCCUUCCUGCGGCGCUCCAGCCUCCAGCUCCGCGCUGCCCAAGGACGCGCUCACAGGAAAAGGCCCUUCCAAGAGCUCUUGGAAGAGGGGCUCCCUGCGGAGGGGGCUCCGCAGGACCCCGCUUCAGGCGCCCAGAGCACCCCGGGGAGCAGGCAGCCCCCGUGCCCGGCGGGAUUUGCUGCUCCCCACUUGCCCGGAGUGGAGCCCGCCCUGGCCGCGGCAUCCCCACCGUGGGCUCAGCCGGGAGCCCCUGGCCCGGGGCCGUGCGGGGAACCCCGCGCUGCUCCCGUCCUGGCUGCCGCGAGGCAUCCUCCAGGAAUCCUUUGGAGAUGCUCCCGGCCGGGCAGGGACAGCCGGAGCCCCGCGGGGGCGGCUGAGCUCCCGCAGCAGGUGCCGGUGCCGCGGGGGCACCGGGGUCUGGGGGGCGGCCAAACCCCCCUGGUGCGGUCCCUGAGCGCGUGGCUGGGCGGGCAGUGUCCCCCUGACAGCCGCGCUGGAUCCAAGUGACAGCAGCUCCAUGCCCUGGGCUGCGCUGCCCCUGUCUCAGCUGUACCCCUGGGAGCGGGAGGAAUGCAGCCCCCUCCCCUCCCCUCGGCACACCUGGGGAAGGGGGAAACCCCCCAGGACGGCUCCCCCUGCAUGGAGCAGGGGGUGCUGGCCCGAUAGCCGAGACCCCCGCAUUGGGCGAGGGCAGCGCCGGGGGGCACCGGGAGGGGAUCGGGAGCCAGGGACACCCCGACCCCGCGGGGACAAGUUGGGGGCCACAAGUUCGGGGCUCCUCUGCACAGCCCCAGGCCCGACCCCCGCCCCGCUGCGCCCCGCCCCGGGCCGGUGGCGGCUGCCCCGGCGCCUCCCCGCUCCCCCCGGCCGGGGCGCGGCUAUAAGGAGCGGAGCGGGGCGGCGGGGCCGGCGGCGGCGGAGCGGCGGGCGCGGCAGGCGUGGGGACAUGAGCGGGGACAUGCGGGGCCUGCUGUGCCUCUGGCUGGUGGCCCAGGUGGCCCAGGUGGCCCUGUCCUCGCGGGUCCGCACCCGUCGGGAGCUGGGCCCGGGUUUGUACGAGCACGGCGUGUACGACGCGGGCGGCUCGUACUGCCAGCGCGGGGACGUGUGCUGCCACGGCCGCGACGACGCCUGCACCGUGCCCUACCACGACACCCUCUGCUACUGCGACCUCUUCUGCAACCGCACCGUGUCCGACUGCUGCCCCGACUUCUGGGAGUACUGCCUGGGCAUCCCGGCGCCGUUCCCCAAAGCCGCAGGCUGUGCCCGUGCAGGACGCAAUUAUCCCAUGGGAGCCACGUACCGGGAGAACUGCAACCUGUGCACCUGCGGGCCCGACGGGCAGUGGCAGUGCGAGGACCACGCCUGCCUGAUGGACGGGGAGCUGAUCGACGCCGUCAACAGGGGCAAUUUUGGCUGGAGAGCCGCCAACUACAGCCAGUUCUGGGGGAUGACCCUGGAGGACGGGAUCCGGCACCGCCUGGGCACCUUCCGCCCCUCUCCCACCGUCAUGAACAUGAACGAGAUGCACAUGAACAUGGACUCCAACGAGGUGCUGCCGCGUCACUUCGACGCCGCCGCGAAGUGGCCGGGGAUGAUCCACGAGCCCCUGGACCAGGGGAACUGCGCCGGCUCCUGGGCCUUCUCCACGGCCGCCGUGGCCUCGGACCGCAUCUCCAUCCACUCCAUGGGACACAUGACCCCCGCGCUGUCCCCGCAAAACCUCCUGUCCUGCGACACCCGCAACCAGCGCGGCUGCAGCGGGGGGCGGCUGGACGGAGCCUGGUGGUACCUGCGCAGGAGGGGGGUGGUGACAGACGAGUGCUACCCGUUCACGAGCCAGCAGAGCCAGCCGGCCGCUCCGCCCUGCAUGAUGCACAGCCGCUCCACGGGCCGGGGCAAGCGACAGGCGACAGCGCGCUGCCCCAACCCCCAGACCCACUCCAACGAGAUCUACCAGUCCACCCCCGCCUACCGCCUCUCCUCCAGCGAGAAGGAGAUCAUGAAGGAGCUGCUGGAGAACGGCCCCGUGCAAGCCAUCCUGGAGGUGCACGAGGAUUUCUUCAUGUACAAGAGCGGGAUCUACCGGCACACGCCCGUGGCCGAGGGGAAGGGGCCGAAGCACCAGAGACACGGGACCCACUCGGUGAAAAUCACCGGGUGGGGAGAGGAGCAGCUGCCUGAUGGCCAGACCCAAAAAUACUGGACGGCGGCCAACUCGUGGGGCACGGCGUGGGGCGAGGGCGGCCACUUUCGCAUCGCCCGCGGCGUCAACGAGUGCGAGGUGGAGACUUUCGUGGUGGGGGUCUGGGGCCGCGUCAGCAUGGAGGACAUGCCCCACAAGUGA